AUGGGCAGCAACCCCACUCAGAAGUACCGUAUUGUUGUUGGAUGCGACGAGGCCGGAAUCGGCUACAAGGAUGCGAUUAAGGCAGACUUUGAGAAAGAUGCCAGGGUAGAGUUCGUCGAAGAUGUCGGAAGCUACGAGGGAACCGACAAGACAGCCUACCCCCACAGAGCAGCGGCGGCAGCCCAGAAGGUGGCCGAGGGAAAGGCUGAUCGUGCCCUGCUGAUCUGCGGUACGGGUCUCGGCAUGGCUAUUGCAGCCAACAAAGUCAAGGGUAUCAGAGCCGUUACCGCACACGACAGCUUCAGUGUGGAGAGAUCGAUUCUCAGCAACGAUGCCCAGGUCCUGUGUAUGGGACAAAGAGUCAUCGGCGUUGAGCUCGCCCGGCGACUAGCCAAGGAAUGGCUCAGCUACCACUUUGACCCCCAGAGUGGCAGCGCCGAAAAGGUUCGUGUAAUUAACAGCCUCGAAGCUUCGGCCUAG